AUGUCAGCCAAACGGAAUAACAAUUUUAAAGGUUCUACCUCUGCCCGUUUCGUCAAGAACUCAAAACCCCACACCAUACGAAGCAACUUCGCCAACAGAAGUGGCGCCCAAGAAGCAGAUCCCUAUGUGGCUAAUAAUCCCAUGCUAAACGAUUCUCUACAAAAGAGAGAACUCGUCGACAGAAUAGAUCGCCUAGAUUCUUUAAUGGGUUUCGAUCGGCUACAACACGGUGAGCAGGAUGGCAACAAGCCCAGAAAGGGUUGGCUCAUCAACAUGCAUUCCACUACCAUACCGAGUGAUGACUAUCUUGCUGGUUAUUCUGGUGUAGACUACUACUUCUUGGACCAGGAAGGUGGUUCAUUCAAAGUGACGUAUCAAUUCGACCCUUACUUCUUCUUGUCAGUGAGAGUGGGCAGUGAGUCGGAGGUGGAAGAGAUGCUCAAGCGGUUCUUGGAAACGUCCAAUUUGAAGACAGUCGGAAGACUUUACAAAGAAGAUUUGGCUUUACCCAACCACUUGGUUGGACUUAAAAAGUGCUUAUUGAAAUUAACUUUUCACAACGUCACGGAUUUGUUGACGGCCAGAAGAUUAUUGGCACCAAUAAUCAAAGACAACCUCAUGAAGAAAGAUUCGAGGGAUAUUUAUCAUGGAAUGAACUUGGCCAAUGCCAAUUAUAACGAGUUUUCUUCGUCAAAGGAUGGCAAGGAUCAGGCCAAUGAUCCCUUGAUCCUCUUGGAAGAUAUUAGAGAAUAUGACGUUCCUUACCAUGUUAGAGUAUCCAUCGAUAAAGAUCUUCGAGUUGGUAAAUGGUACAAUGUGUGGGUGAAACACUCUAUUGUAACUUUCGAAGAAGACAAAGAAACCAUUGCAUUUCCAGAUCCAGUCAUCUUAGCAUUUGAUAUAGAAACCACCAAAGCUCCUUUGAAGUUUCCAGACUCCAGAAUUGAUCAAGUAAUGAUGAUCUCAUAUAUGAUUGACGGAGAAGGUUUUUUAAUUACCAACCGAGAAAUCAUCUCGGAAGACAUCGAAGAUUUCGAAUAUACUCCUAAACCAGAGUAUCCUGGUGUUUUCACUAUUUUCAAUGAACCUGAUGAAAAACUGCUCUUAUUAAGGUUCUUUGAGCAUAUUAGAGAUGCUAGACCAACAGUUAUAGCUACCUUCAACGGAGAUUUUUUCGAUUGGCCAUUUGUUGAAACCAGGUCAAGGUUUCAUGAUUUGGACAUGUUUGAUGAAAUUGGGUUCGCUAAGGACAACGAUGGAGAAUACAAAUCCAAAUACUGUGUGCAUAUGGAUUGUUAUCGAUGGGUGAAGAGAGAUUCUUACUUACCCCAAGGUUCGCAGGGUUUAAAAGCGGUUACCACUGCAAAACUUGGCUAUAACCCCACAGAAUUGGAUCCUGAGCUAAUGACUCCUUACGCUUACGAAAGACCUCAGUACCUAUCAGAGUAUUCUGUAUCUGAUGCUGUUGCAACCUACUAUUUGUACUACAAGUAUGUGCAUCCUUUUAUCUUCUCCUUGUGUACAAUUAUUCCUUUGAAUCCAGAUGAAGUUUUAAGAAAAGGUACUGGUACCUUAUGUGAAAUGUUAUUGAUGGUUCAAGCUUAUCAUCAUGGUAUCGUUUUACCUAAUAAGUAUUCUGAUCCUGUUGAAAGAUUUUAUAAUGGUCACUUGUUGGAAUCAGAAACUUAUGUGGGUGGACACGUCGAAUCUUUGGAAGCUGGUGUCUUUCGAAGCGAUAUUCCAACCCAAUUCAAAAUGGAUACUACAGCAAUUGACGAGUUAAUCAAUGAUCUUCCCAAAGCGUUAAGAUUCUUUGUUGAAGUUGAAAGUAAGAAGAAGAUGGACGAUAUCGAAAAUUUCGACGAAGUAUUGGAGUCUAUUAAAGCAGAGUUGAUGGAACUUAAGAACAACCCAGUGAGACACGAAGUGCCUCUAAUAUACCAUGUGGAUGUUGCUUCUAUGUAUCCCAAUAUCAUGACGUCUAAUAGAUUGCAACCUGACUCAAUGAAAUCUGAGGAAGACUGUGCCUCUUGUGACUUCAAUAGACCAGGUAAGUCAUGUGAUAGAAGAUUACAAUGGUCAUGGAGAGGAGAAUACUUGCCUGCUGAGAUGAAUGAAUAUGGCAUGAUUAAAAGAUCCCUUCAAAAUGAAACGUUCCCAGCCGCCAAGCCUUGGUUACCACCAAGAAGCUUUGAAGAAUUGUCUUACUCAGAACAAGCAACGAGAAUCAAGAAGAGAUUAUCAGACUACUCCAGAAAAGUUUAUCACAAGGUCAAGCAGACUGAGACUAUCACCAGAGAAUCCAUUGUUUGUCAAAGAGAGAAUCCAUUUUACGUUAAUACCGUGAGAGACUUUAGAGAUCGUCGUUAUGAAUUUAAAGGCUUAGCUAAAGUUUGGAAAGGAAAAGCUUCCAAGAUAGAUAAGUCUGAUACGAUUGGUAAAGAUGAGGCUAAGAAAAUGGUGGUUCUCUAUGAUUCUCUUCAGUUAGCCCAUAAGGUUAUUUUGAACUCCUUCUAUGGGUAUGUGAUGAGAAAAGGAUCUCGUUGGUACUCAAUGGAAAUGGCAGGUAUCACUUGCCUCACUGGUUCCACGAUUAUUCAAAUGGCAAGAGGGUUGGUGGAACGAUUGGGAAGACCAUUGGAAUUGGACACUGAUGGUAUUUGGUGUAUUCUUCCAAAGUCCUUUCCAGAGAACUUUCCAUUGAAUUGUAAAGAUGGUAAGAAACUUGUCGUGGAGUAUCCAUGUACUAUGUUGAAUUAUAUUGUUCAUGAGAAGUUCACUAAUCACCAAUAUCAAGAUUUGGUGGAUCCUGAUACCUUUAAAUACGAAACCCAUUCAGAGAAUUCCAUUUUCUUCGAAGUUGAUGGUCCUUACAAAGCGAUGAUCUUGCCAACGUCUAAGGAAGAAGGUAAGGGUUUAAAGAAAAGGUAUGCUGUCUUCAAUGAUGAUGGUUCUUUGGCCGAAUUGAAAGGUUUCGAGUUGAAGAGAAGAGGUGAGUUACAAUUGAUUAAGAAUUUCCAAUCUGAUAUCUUUAAGUUGUUUUUGGAAGGUGAUACAUUAGAUUCCUGUUAUGCAGCCGUCGCUAGUGUAGCUAAUAACUGGUUGGAUGUAUUGGAUACCAAAGGUGGUAUGUUGGAAGAUGAAGACUUGAUCGAACUUAUUUGUGAAAAUAGAAGUAUGUCUAAGAGUCUUGCGGAAUAUGGAGAUCAAAAAUCCACCUCUAUUACCACUGCCAAAAGAUUGGGUGAAUUUUUGGGUGAAGAAAUGGUAAAGGAUGCUGGUCUUGCUACCAAGUACAUUAUCAGUGCCAAACCAAUUGGGAGUCCAGUGACCGAAAGAGCAGUCCCAGUUUCAAUUUUCUCUUCUGAUAAGAAGGAAUACUUUUUGAAGAAAUGGUUGAAAGAUCCCUCUUUGACCAAUUUUGACCCCAGAAGUGUUAUUGAUUGGGAUUACUAUUAUGAACGGUUAGCAUCUGUGGUCCAAAAGAUUAUUACUAUCCCUGCUGCUUUACAGGACGUGAAGAAUCCCGUUCCUAGAGUUCCUCAUCCUGAAUGGUUACAAAGACGAAUCAGCACUAAAGAAGACAAAAAGCAACAGCUGUCACUUACCGCCUUCUUUCAAAAGCCUUCUGAUACUGCCAAAGCUAGAAAAAUCAAAGAUAUGGAAGAUUUUGGUAAUAUUGCAUCCGAAGUUGGAAAGGCCAAGGUAGGUAAGGUUACUUCUAGGAAGAGAAAGUUGACACGAAACAAAAAAUUGGUAGAUACAGAAGAAGACGAAGAAAGAGACAAUGCUAUAUUAAAUGGUCCGUGUCCAGACAUGUUGGUGGACUAUGAAGCGUUCUUAAUUUACCAGAAGGCCAAAUGGAAAGUCCAAGAAAAGAGCAGAGAAAGAAGAAAGAAAUUAUUUGGUCAAUCUUCUGAAUCUUCACAGCGGUCUUCAGUUGGUGGUUUAAUCCGCCGUCAAGCUGAAAAUGUUGCUGGUUCUGAUUGGCAAAUCUUAGAAUAUAAAGAAGAUCCUAAUAAGCCAGGUGACUUGAAAGUGUUCAUAAUUGCUAGUGGCAAAGUUCACCUGUUCAACUUCCAUAUUCCAAAGAGAUUAUAUGCAUCUUUCAAGACUGAAUUAGAUCUUUCAAAGGUAAUUGUGCAAGGUGAUGUCGAGAAAUCGAAUGCCAUUUUACCAAAUGGUCAUGACGGAACCAACUUGUACAAGUUCACAAUGCCCCAAUCUGUUUACCAACAAGAAAUUUCAAAUGUUGACAGUAUUUUGAACAGUUCUAAAUUGUUGGGACUAUAUGAAUCGAAGAUGAAACCAAUUGAACGUGCAAUUAUCGACUUGGGGAACAGUGUCAAAUUUGAUGACACAAGGGUUGGUACUUUAGGUAAAGGGUUGAAGAAUGGUUUCAAUGUUAAGGAUAUGAUGCAGGUCAACAAUGCCAAUUAUCUCAAGAGAUUCGGCAUGGAUAUUUUGUAUAUCCUUCAUCUUACCACCAAUAGUUAUGAAUUCUUCACUAUCUUCAAAUCAUGGGAGAAUGAAGCUACUAUGUUUGUAUUGAAACCUUCAGCAGGUGCCCAAGAGCUUACAGGUAACAUGGACAAAAUAUAUCGUGACUUGUUCCUUGCUAAGGAGGAUAAACUUGGUAAGAUGUACAAUAUUAUUGAAUAUCCUAACGAAAUGAAAUUCAAUGUCACGUACUUCAACGAUAACUCCAAGUUGUUCAAGAAAUUGGAUAAGACCAUUGCAAAGAUCAAUGAAAGCAAGAGUAACAAAGCUCUUUUGACUAUUCAAUCUCCUUAUACUGACAGGUUGUUGAGUAUUUUGGGUUCAACUGCCAACUUUCCUACUGUGAAGAUGAACGUCAAUUCCCUUUCAUUGCCGGCUGUCGGAUGGCAUUCACUUGUCACUAAGAGAGUAGUUAACCACUUCUUCGUCUUGGCUUCAUGGAUGAAGAAUUUGAUCUCAUUAUCCAAGUAUGGUAAUAUUCCCAUCUGUAAUCUCCAAGCAGAGAACAUAAGCUAUUUGAUUGAUAUUGAAUAUGCCAGACGAUUGUCGAACAGUAACAUGGUUCUUUGGUGGUCUGAUACUCCUUUAGCCGACCAUGGUGGAUUUGAGAUGGAUAAAGCUCCGGAUUAUGAAAACCUUGAUUUCCCUGUCAUCAAUAAUCCAGAGAUCUAUGAAACAGCCUGUUUGGAAAUUGAUAUAGGAACCUUGUCAAUCAACACUAUAUUGACAAGCUCCAUUAUCAAUGAAGCUGAAGGAGCGGACUUGGUGGACGAAGGUACUGUGUUUGACAACAAUAACGGAGCUUCAACAUUAAUGGAAGACUCUUUUGGUAAUGCCCAAUUAAAUGUCUUGAGAAGUAUGGUUAAGAAUUGGUGGGAUGAUGCUUUGAAUAACGAUAUAAAUGCAGAUUCAAUGAUGAAUCAUUUGGUGUCUUGGAUUCAAAGAAAUAGUUCUUACCUUUAUGACUUUGCCUUACAUUAUCAUAUCCAUAACUUGACAACGAAAGCUCUCUACCAAUUAAUCGGAGAAUUCAAGAGAAUGAAUGCCAAUGUUGUUUUUGCAAACCGAAACAAAAUAUUCAUCCAAACCAGUAAGGUGUCAGUCGAAAACUCGUACGCAUAUGGACAUUACAUUGUCAAGGCUGCCAGGGCUAAGCCUUUAUUUAGUUUCCUUGAAAUGGAAAUCGUCAAGUACUGGGAUAUUUUGCUCUGGAUGGACGAGUACAAUUUUGGUGGUCGCUACUGCACCCAGAUAACAAAUGACGAGAUUCAAGAUUUACGUCCAGUCAACAACUGGCAGUUACAACAAUUUUUGCCGGUGAUCUUCCAAAAUGAGUUUGAAGAUUGGUUGAUUAUCUUUUUGGAUGCUCUCACAAAGUUCAAAUCUGAUACGUUGAAGGGCCCAACUCAAGCGAAUACUCCUAGAGUCACUCAAAUUGCUCAUAUAUUAAAAGGACAAAGAAAACUUGAUUCUCAAGAUGAUAAUGAAGAGGCUGAUGAUGAUUUCCAUGACGGUGUAACAGAGAUGUUCAGAAAGCAAUUGUUCAAGAGAGUAAAACUGUUGUUCAAGAAGCAAACAGACUCGAUUAUCAACCCAGAGUUGCAAAAAGAAUACGAGUUCCCCAAACUCCCAGGAUCUCAUUUACACCUAAGAAACCCUUGUUUGCAACUCGUCAAGUUUUUCUGUGCCAUCAUGGGAUUAUCAACCAAGAGAUCUAUUGAAGUCAGAGUUUUGAGGCAGGAGCUUUUAUCGAUUUUCGAAAUCAGAGAGUUCAGUAAUGAAGCUGCCUUUCACAACCCAAGUUCAUCGUUGGUUAUUCCUCAAGUGAUUUGUGAUCACUGUAGUUAUACCAGAGAUAUCGAUGUUUGCAGAGAUCCUGAGAAGGCUAUCUGGAGUUGUACUAUGUGCAACAAAUCAUACAACCGGGUAGCCAUUGAGGAAGAGCUUGUAACUCAAUUCAGUCGCUACUUCACAAAGUUCUUAAGACAGGACAUGAAAUGUUCCAAGUGUAACCAAAUCAAGAGUAAUAACUUGAGUGAAUACUGUCAAUGUUCUGGUAAAUGGGAAGAGACAGUAAGUUACUUGGAGUUAGAAAAGAGGAUCCACGUCUUCCAGAACGUGGCUGCCACAUAUAAUCUUCAACUCCUUAGAGGAGUGGUUGAAGAGCUUACAUUAGCAUAA